AAACAUGCGUUUGAUUAUAGUCAUUUGUGCUACAAUAAGUUCAAGCCAUUGUGCAAAUAUUUUGGGCGUUUUUGUUUCUGCAGCAUAUAGUCAUCAUGCAUCACUGUACCCAAUGUAUGAAAAGUUAGCCACAAAAGGCCACAACGUAACAUUGUUAACCGCAUUCCCAAAAAAUCUGACGAUAAAAAAUUUACACGAAAUCGACAUUUCUUUUGUCAAAGAAACUUACUAUAAUUCAGUAAAAAAAUAUUUCUUCGAACCGUAUUCAAAAAUGAAUGUUUUUGAAAUUGCCUAUGGCAGUAUAAACAUUGUAUAUGAUACAAGUAAACGAAUUAUCGAAGAAAAAUUUGUAAGAGAUGUGUUUAGAAAUGAUUAUGACGUCAUGAUUAUUGAAAAUAAAACUCCUUUAACGUACUUUGGAGGAUUGGUAAAUAAAGCGCCAAUUAUAGGUGUAUCUUCAAUGUCUGGUUGGCCCACAGUCCAUGAUGCUUUGGGAAACCCUAUCCACCCAGUUCUAUCUCCCAACUUUCUUCUAACAAUAGGAGACAACCCGACAUUCAUAGAGAGGCUUUCCAGUGUUACAUACAAUAUUGUAUGUCGAUUUUUAAUUUAUUACUACGAUCUACCAAGAUCCAACAAGAUAGCUCGAAAAUACUUUGGAAGUAAUGUUGCCUCCCUGGAUGAAGUGGAAAGAAACAUGAGUUUGGGGUUGUUUACGAAAAAUUUCGUUACCAAUGGAGUAACACCAGUGGUCCCUAGUGCUGUGGAAGUGAGCUUUAUGAAUAUUAAACCUAAACAAGAUUUACCAGAAGACAUUCAAGAAUUUAUGGAUAAAUCUAAGAAAGGAAUAGUUUUCCUAAGCUUGGGAUCAUUUAUCACAAACUUUAAUUUAACUGAACAAAAAGUGAUUUUAAAUUCUGUAUUGGAAUUACCGUACGAUGUACUAUGGAAAUCUGAUACUUCUGAGCAGCUCCCAAGUAAUAUAAUGGUAAAAAAUUGGUUUCCACAACAGGAUCUAUUAGGACAUCCCAAGUUAAAAGUGUUUGUUACCCAAGGAGGGCUACACUCCAUAGAAGAAGCUUUAUACAAUGCUGUUCCCAUGGUACUUCUUCCUGUUAUUGCGGACCAAGGCCAAAACUCCAAAAGAGUUGUAUCAAAAGGUUUGGGAAAGAUGUUGGAUAUAAUGACCGUUUCAAAGGACAUUCUUGUGAAAACUGUUAUUGAAGUUGCAGAAGAUAACAAAUACAAAGAAGCAGCUCUUAAUAUUAGUAAAAUUCUUAAAGAUGAGCCCAUGUUUGGAGUGGAUAAAGCAGUUUGGUGGGUUGAAUAUGUUAUUAGGCACAAAGGGGCACGUCAUUUAAGAAGUGGUUUUGUCGAUAUGCCGUUUUAUCAAUACUAUUUGUUAGAUGUUUUAAGCUUUAUAACUGUGUUAAUAAUAUUAUGUGUAGUACUUGUCCUCCAAAUAAUAAAAUUUUGUAAAAUAAAAUUAAAAAUGUUUAAAUUGAAACAACAAUAA